AUGCAGAUUCAGAAGCUCAUUGCCGCCCUUGCGGGCAUGGCCGUCGUCGCCGAGGCCUCUGUCACCUUCCUCGACACUCCUUUGAGCGCCGCGUUGGCCAAGCGUCAAAACCGAGGUGGAAACAACGGUAACAACAACAACAACAACGGUGGUGGAAACGAGCUCUGCCUGAACGCGAACAACGUUCAAAAGGGUAGCCAGCAGGCCGGAACGCCCAAACAGGGACAAGCCAACUCCCAGACUGACAAAGCCAACUUCAUCAACUUCUGUAACAAUCAGCAGACCACCGACGGUGAGCAGAAGACUUCAGGUUCUUGCAACGGUAUUCCCAUGGGCAAGAUCCCCUCCAACAACAACAUGGUCUCCACCAUCAUCAAGAACCCCCCUCCCGGCGGCAACCUCCAGGCCAACCAGCAGUUCAAUGUCCAGCUCAAGGUCAACAACCUGCAGGCCGGCUCCUUCACCGACGCCCAGUCUACCUACUACUCGGCUCCCCAGGACCUCAACGGCCAAGGCAAGAUCAUUGGUCACGUUCACGUCACCAUUCAGGACAUGGGCAACUCCCUGACUCCCCAAAACGCCCUGGACCCCAAGCAGUUCGUCUUCUUCAAGGGUAUCGACGAUGCCGGUGACGGAAACGGCAACCUUCAGGCCACUGUUACUGGUGGUCUCCCGGCCGGAAACUACCGUGUCUGCACCAUGUCCAGUGCCUCCAACCAUCAGCCCGUCCUGAUGCCUGUCGCCCAGCGUGGCGCUCAGGAUGACUGCAACAAGUUCACAGUUGGAGGUGGCGGCGGCAACAAUGGCCAGGGCAAAGGCCAGGGCAACAACCAGGGCAACAACCAGGGCAACGGCCAGGGCAACGGCCAGGGCAACAACCAGGGCAACGGCCAGGGCAACGGCCAGGGCAACGGACAGGGCAACGGACAGGGCGGCAGACAAGGUGGUAAGCAACAGAACGGAGCAAGCGCUGGAGGAUUCCCUGACAAAUCUAACCAAUUCCCCGGGAACACAGGCACUGGAUCUGGAGCCAAGACUGGAAAUGCUAACACUAAGACCCAGGACGGGGACGGCGCCAGUAAUUCGGGUACCAACAACGGAAACUCUGGAUCCGGCAAGGGAGGUGCGACGGCGAACGCUAUCGGCGGGAUUCAGGCCCCGGCGGUCACGAACUCUGGCGAUAGCAGCCGACCCUUCGCCGUCAACGGCAACACAUUCGUGAACAAGGCCGCAGCGGUCCAGCGUGCCUGCGACAUUCAACGGAACGGAUGCUUCGAUGCCAUCAACCGCGGAAAACUGACCUCGGGAUCCACUGCCGACUGCGACGCCCAGUUCCAGACCUGCACCCAGCAGCUCUCAUAG